UGAAAAAGCCUACACGUUAAUCAAUCAACGAAGGAAUAGUUUCCUUACCACUUUUGUAAUUGUAAUUGUAAGCGGCAAAUAUUCUCAAAUAAAGAAUGCCCAUUGUAAGCUUUGAAUCUUGCAUAAGAUUUUCUGCUUUGAAAUGUAAGAAUUGGCCAGCAUCCAAUUUAUGCUAUAACAAGAACAGUUUUAUUUUAUGCAAUUUUCGAAGGAAAGGUAAAAAUUAUUUUAUUCUUUAUUUGAAAAUACAGAGAGCUAAAAGUUACCGAGAAUCCAUGGAAAUGUUAAAUUGCGCAAAGGCGUUCUUGAUUUAGUCUUCAACGAUAUUCUAUGAUUAUUACAUUCGUUAUGGGCAAUCAUUAUAUUUGUUGACUCUAUUCAGCUGUAAAACGGUUUCGACCGCAGUAUAUAAUGAGCAUGCUUCUCAUAUUACAAAUUUUCAGAUUUGUAGCGAAACGGUCGUUCGGAGCCGAACUUGCGCGGCGUAUAGGGUUGUUAUAGGUGAGCAUGCGUAAUGGUCGAAUUAUAUAAAUAAAUAUAUAAAUACAUAUAUAUAUAUAUAUAUAUAUAUAUAUAUAUAUAUAUAAAUUCAAAAAGGAAUAGCAACUAAAAAAAUGUCACAUGUAAAUGUGUUACACUUAAAAAAAAUGAAGUAAUUGUCAACUUAGCUUUUAAGGAUCAUAAGUAAAGAGGAAACGAUGAAGCAGAGGUGAAUGUUGUAAAUUAACUUUAUUGGAGAAAAUGAUGAUUUCAAUAUUUUUGAUUAACGUAUACUUCUAAAUAUUCAAGCGCAUUGUAUUACCUUUUUCCGUGUACACAGUAUAAUUCACUGAGGCAAAGUAUAUUGUGCAAAAUAAAAUUAUGGUUGAUUCGUAAAUUCUCUGGCUAUAUAUUAUUGCAUAGCUGUUGAAAACUAAAAAAAUCACAAAUAAUUGUCCCCGAAAAAUUGUUCGGUAUAAAGAAUAAUAAAUUAUAAGUAUAUAGGUAUAGGUGAGCGACAGUACCUACGGAGCUGAGUAUAGUCUUCCUAUAUAUAUAUAUAUGCGCGCGGUUCCGCGCCGCCUGGUGGGCUGCACCAUGCCGGCGCGCCGAGUUCAACAGUUGAACCUGCGCUGGCACACUAUAUAGAUAUAGAUUACAAGACAAGAGGCUGCUGCUGUGGAGGGAUCGUCGAGUCGCGCGAGCGAGAGAGAGACUAGAUUGCCGAGCCGAGCGGCGAGCAGUCGACACAGUCGAGCGCCGCGAGCCGAGCGAGUGUGAGAGGUCGAGACGAGUAGAGAGUAGAGAGUGAGUAUUAUAGUCGUCGGCGUAGACGCGCAUAAGAGUGUAUGGCGCGCGAGGCCGGUUUUCGAAUAAAAAAAGUUGCACAGCCGCCGCAGCAGCCGCGUGUGAAGUUCGCGCCACAGAGUGCAGUGUCGAGCCGGGGGAUGUAAUAGUAUAAUACACAAUCGCACGAAUGGUUUGACGAAAAGUGUGCCUCCAGAGAGAAUCGUGACAGUGUGAUUUUAAUAGUGUUGUCUCGCAGUGCGGAGCUCGACGCUCGCGAAUGCAGCAGCGGCGUCUUGCUCUUCGUCGGAAUGUGGCACGAGAGCAUCGCGCGAGUCCCCGGCAGCGAUGCGGCGGGGACCGAGUGCUAGCCGCUCCGGAGGAGCGAGACCGCGCCUCCAGCCGCCCUGAGAUGACGACGCUCCAGUGCAGCAACUCCCUCAGUCCCGGCAGCGACAACCUGCACCUCCUGCAAUAGCCCGUGGCACUGCGGCACACGUCAGCGCGGCGCUCGGCAUCGACUUUAGUGCAGAGCUGCACGCGCCAUGUGAAUGCGCGAGAGCUCGGGUGAUAUGCUCAAGCACAUCCUGACGGGGCCACCGGGCGGAGCGGGCUCCAGGCUCCAGCAGCACAAUGACUACCUGGCCUCCUCGGCCGGCGGCGGUGGCGGAGGCGGCAGCGGCUUCCACGGCUCCUCGUCGCGCGGCCGAGCCCAGAGCAGCGCCGACGUCUACGAGAACACGGCCGGCGCCGUCCUGCUCCAGGGCCAGCGAGCCGGUCCCCAGCAGCAGCAGUUCCAGGCCUCGUCCCGGCUGCUGCAGCAUCCGGCGCUCAACCACUCGCAGCUCAGCGUCAACAACCUCGCCCAGAGGCUCAACGCGAGCCAGCACUCGCACGCCGGCCCGCUCAACCUCUCGACCCUGUCGACCUCCAAGCACUCGGUCAACAGCGUCAGUCCGGUGGUAGGCGCCCACCUGGCCAACUACCAGGCCAGGUCCCAGCACCACCACCACCAGCUGCUGCACCAGCAGCAGCCCCAGCAGCAGCCCCAGCAGCAGCUGCAGCAUCAGCAUCAGCACAACCUCAGUCAGGUCGGCCACGCGCAGGCGAGCCAGCUGCAGCAGCAGCAGCAGCAGCAGCAGCAGCAGCUGGAGCAGCGGGCCUCCAAGCUCAACGGCGGACUGGACAUCUCGCGGAUGUCGCGGCUGCCGAGCCAGGCGACGCCCUCGCCGGCGCCGAUCGCGGUGACGAGCGUCGCGACCUGCGCGACGACCACGACCUCCACGGGCCCGAGCAUCGUGCCGCUCAACGUCUCCUGGUCCUCGUCCUCGCUGCAGCACCAGCAGCACAAGCCCUCGCUCGAGCCCGGCCUCAAGGAGAUGCUGACCAGCCUGGGCCUGCUCUGUCUGGUCUCGCUGCUGCUGGCGCUGCUCUCGCUCACCUUCCUCAUACGCAUGUCCUCGGUCUCCUUCAUGCCCAACAGCCUCAUCAGCGCCGAGGAGUUCGCCAUCGUCUACGACGUCACCCUCGUGCUCUGCGCCCUCGCGCUCUCCCUCAACCUCUGCUGCCUCCUCGUCUGCGCCAUACAGUUCCUCUUCGCCGUCAAGCUCGUCAAGUCUUCGUACCACGGACACCGAACAAACAAGUACCUGCAGAAAUCGUCGAUCAGCCGGGUCUGCGCGGUCGGUGGUUUUUUCAUAAGCAUUCCAGUCUUCUUAACUGGCAUGAUCCUCUACACGUUCAUUCAAUUCCAGUCGACACCGGCCAUCGUGACGUCGGUGUUCAUCGGCCUCGGGAUUGUCUUCUGCGGCUGCGCCUUGGUGCACACAGUCUUCGUAUGGCAAAAAGAAAAGACGAACGCAAUGAAGGCGCUCCGACGUGAGCAGUACGAAGCCGCGGCUCAGCUGCAGCGCCAGCAAACGCUCAGCCAGCAGCAGCAGCAGCACCACCACCACCACCACCACCAAAACCACAAUCCUCAGCAGCAGCAUCAGCAGCAGCAGGCGAACCAUCAUCACCAUCAGCAUCAUCUUCAGCAACAGCAGCCGAGCCAGCAGCAACAGCUGCGCUCGCUGCCGGUCUCGUACAGCGCGGCGAGUCGACUGGCGGCGAGCGAACAGCUGCACGCCACUGGCGGAGGGCUGUCGCGAGCCUCGGUCGGACCCCAGGCCCAGCUGCACAACCAUCGACACGUCUCCAUGUCGCCGCCGCUGCUGAUCUCCUCGCCGGCGAACGGUCUGCACCACGGACCGCUGAACGCUUCGCAAAGGGCACAGCUGGGUCCGGUUAGUCCGCCGGCCACGCCUGGCGAUCGCUCGCCCACCAGCCCCGCCAACAAGCACAACCGAUCCUCCCAGCAGCUCAUGUCGCGCGAACUCGCCACCGGCAGUGUCAGCCCGGGUCUACCCGCCGCGACCCUCGACCUCAGCAGCGCCGCCAACACCAACAGCCCGCACGAACUCUCUACUCUCGUUUGAGACUAACGCCUAUACAUAAUAAAUAUACACUGUACCAAGACUGCUAGAAUUCGAUUGUGCGCUAGUACGAGUUUUACUUAUUUAUUGUACAACCUUCUCGGUAAGGCUCAUCAUCCCGUAUGUUGAGAACGAAAUCACGUACCGAUAUUCAUACGCAUUUUUUUCUCUUAUAAUCAUUGUUCUCUGCGUUGUUUCCUGACGAUGCUCUUGUACGUUUUUCUGCAAACGUACUUCGAGAUCUUUUUUUUUUUACGAGCUAUGUGUACUACUUGACAAGAUACUAAGACUUUCUUUCAAAUAUUGUUAAUUAUUAUAUAAAUAUACACAGCAUUUUGUCCUUAUACCCGUUUAUAAGGUUGCCUUUUUGCAAGUUGACUCAAGUUCGAUUUAUUGCUUUGGAUCGUAAUAUGAGACAUGGAAACCAAUAUGUAGAAACCAAUACCAUUCAAUCCAUAAAAGACUGAUCUGAAUUAUAUACAAAUCUUUAUAUAUUUACCUCGGAGAUCACUGUCACGUUUUAUUUACAAGUAAACUUGUUGAUUAAACAAAACAUUACAUAAAAUGUUACAACGAUUUCUUGCCUUACCAUGUAAGUUUUUUAAAAUCGUGUACACGAUCGAGAGCGAGACUAUUUUUUUUCUUUGUUAUUGGACGGUACUCGCUGCGAUUAUUGAAAAAAUAAUGUAAUAACAUUUUAAUCUACGAAUAUCGAAAUAUCGAUUAGCAUCAAAAUUUUACACUUACGUAAACGAAAAGUAUUUGUAUGGUCUGUUAAAAAAUCAAUCUAUUUUAUUAAUUGUAUAAAUAUUAUGAGAAAUAAAAUUAAAGUGUUAUCAAUUUUCGCGAACAUUUUAUAAAAACGUUCAAAGUUAAAUUUUAGUCGAUAUUAAUUUUCGAUAUGUGUAAAUAAACAGACUAGCUGUAUUGCGCAUAUUAACAACCUAUUUUUUUAUUGCACCGUUGCCUCAUGAAAAUCAAGCAGGGUAACCAAAUGAAAAUAUGUAAAUUACAUAAUAAUAUAAUAUGUAUCGUUGCCACAACAUGUAAGUAUAGUGUAGUUAAAACAAAUAAUUUCCAUAGUUUAUAUAAAAUUUAAUGGCAAAAAAUAAAUUAUUAGAUUCACAUAACUCCCUGAGUACAAAAGUGUUUUAGCUUUAUGUACUAAUAAUUAUUAUGUUAUAGAAUAUCGAUUCAUUGUGUAUACUUAAAAACGAGGCGAAUAAAAAAUAAAUUAUUUGAUUACAAAAA